AAAACAGUGACAUCACAUUCUUUGUGAUGUCAGCUGAUUCUGAAAGGUUUUGUGGUGCUUGUCCGCUGCACCUCUAAAAGCACCUUGGAAACAUUCAAAACAGCGUUUCAUUAAAAAGCCAUCUGAUAAUACUGAAAACCGGGCAUUUGUCUUUCGUAGGCGGAUUACAUGUCUGCUUGGCCAGGUCUAGAAAGCAUCUUAUUCAGAGGAGGAGGUGUACAUUGCUGUGGGUUUAUUCUGCAUUGCUGGUGCAACACGCGGUGUUUGGAUGUACAUGCCAGCCAGUGACUCAGGAGCGGGGAGCUUGAAUGCAGGCAUGACGGAGAAGGACGUGAGGCACGAGACGACACUGGGUGCGUACUCCCCAGUAGAUUACAUGAGCAUCACGAGCUUCCCUCGCCUCCCCGAGGACGAUGCCGUCUCUGCAGAGAACAACCUCCGGACCCGCAAAGAUGAGGAUGCCUUCCUCAGCGAGCAGGAUACGGACCCAGACCUGUUCCUCAAGUCUGCCCGGCUGCAGCGCCUGCCCUCAUCAGAGCUGGGCAGUCAGGACGUGUCCCCCCUGCGGGAGACGCACCGGGACCCGCUGGCGGGGGACUGCAGCUGCCAGCAUGAUGGACUCACCAUCAUCAUCACCGCCUGCCUGACGUUCGCCACCGGGGUCACCGUGGCCCUCAUCAUGCAGAUCUACUUCGGGGACCCUCAGAUCUUUACCCAGGGGGCCGUGGUGACCGAUGUGGGACGCUGCUCCUCGCUGGGGGUGGAGGUGCUGAAGAGGCAGGGCUCCUCUGUGGACGCAGCCAUUGCCGCAGCGUUGUGUACUGGAAUCAUCAACCCACACGCCUCAGGCAUUGGAGGCGGUGGAUUGAUGCUGGUUCAUGACAUCCGAAACAACAAAAGCCGUGUGAUUGACUUCCGGGAGACAGCGCCCUCUGCCAUCCAGGAGGAGAUGCUUCAGCAGAACCUGGAGGAAAAACCAGGUCUGUUGGUGGGUGUGCCGGGCAUGCUCAGAGGGAUGCACCAAGCGCAUCAGCUGUAUGGAAAAAUGCCCUGGGCCGACGUGCUAUCACUGACAGCAGAAGUUGCUCGAGGUGGAUUUAACGUCACUCACGAUCUAGCUGAAGCAGUCUCUAAAAUGAAGGAGCAGAAUGUGUCAGACUCUUUCCGGGAGAUCUUUAUGCCAGAAGGACAGCGUGUGCUUCCUGGCUCGCUCAUGAGGCGCUUGGACCUGGCGGACAUCUUGGAUUCAGUUGGAACCGAAGGAGUGGCCGCGUUUUACAGCAGUAAUCUCACACAGGAAAUGGUAGCCGAGGCACGCGAGAGAGGAGGAGUCCUGCAAGAGGAGGAUUUCAGUAACUACAGUGUGGUCAUUGAGAAGCCGCUGGAGGGUGUUUACCAGGGUCACCAGAUCCUGGCCCCUCCUCCACCCCACGCUGGUGCUGCCUUAAUUGCAGCCCUCAAUAUCUUGGAGGGCUUCAACAUCACCAGCCAGGUCCCCAGAAACAGCACCUACCACUGGAUUGCAGAGUCCCUGAAGAUUGCUUUAGCCCUGGCAAGCAGCCUUGGAGACCCCGUCUUUGAUUCAACAGUUUUGAAUGCAGUGCAGGAGAUGUUAAAUAAAUCGGAGGCCGGAAUACUGCGCCAGAGUAUCAGUGAUUCCCAGGCCUUCCCUCCUGGGCACUACACCCCCUUCUAUUCCCAGGAGUCCGGGCCCUCCAGCAGCCAGGUUGUGGUCAUGGGACCGGACGACUUUACUGUCUCAGUCAUGAGCUCCCUGAACCGUCCAUUUGGCAGCGGGAUUUUAACUUCAUCUGGGAUUCUCCUAAACAGCCAGAUGCUUGACUUCUCCUGGCAAAACAAAACAGAGAGCUCCAUGCCCCCCUCACCGCGGAACAGCAUCCAGCCAGGGAAGAGGCCCGCGUCCUUCCUCCUCCCUACGGUGGUGCGGCCGACCCACGGCCUGUGUGGGACCUACCUUACCCUGGGGGGCUCCAGUGGGGAACGAGCCCUCAGUAGCAUUGCCCAGGUUUUGUUAAACGUCUUGUCUUUCCACAAGAACCUGAGUGACAGCUUGUCUCUAGGAAGGCUCCACCCGCAGCUGGAGCCCAGCGUCAUUCAAGUGGACAAUGAAUUUCUAGAGGAAGAUAUUGGGUUCCUAGAGGCCAAGGGUCACGAUGUCAAGAGGGUAGACGUGCUGUCAUUGGUCGAGGGCACCAGGAGAACAAACGACCUCAUCAUAGGAGUCAAAGAUCCCCGGAGUGAGGAUGCGACCGUUGCCACGACAUCCUAGCAAGGCAGAGAUUGCGGGCGAGGGGGAGUAAGCACUACCCGGAUCGGGGUGGGUGGGUUGCUCUUAUUUAUUGUGAACAGCUGUGCACAUUUCUGUAUUUUACUGCAAGUUAUCUACACAACCUGCAUUACAAAGGCAUGUCGCACACCAAUAUAAAGUCUUGUGUAGUCUGAGCACUCGCUGAGCUGUAAAUACCACUGGAAAUAAACUAGACCCUGCCAGACCCCUAGUAAUGUGGGAUUAUCCAAGUACUGCUGAGAAUCAGGAUGUAAUGAUGUGAACAUAGAGCUGCUAAACAAACCAUAUUUAAACAUGAACAUCGCAGUGUUUGGAAUAUGAUGAACACAGGAAGGGGUUAUUUUUUUUUUGGCAGGUCAGUGUCGUUUCCUGCUUUAUAUUCUAUUCAGCCCAAAGGUAUGUAUAGUAAAUGUAUACACCAGUCUUUGUCUAGACAGGAAGUCGCUUGUAUGAUACGUUUCCACCAAUCAGAAACAAAGGAAAAAUCCAAGGAUGUAGUCAUUCUUUUAGCUGCUUAUAAUAAUAAUAAUAAUUUAUUUCUUAGCAGACGCCCUUAUCCAGGGCGACUUACAAGAUAUCACAUUAUUUUUACAUACAAUUACCCAUUUAUACAGUUGGGUUUUUACUGGAGCAAUCUAGGUAAAGUACCUUGCUCAAGGGUACAGCAGCAGUGUCCCCACCGGGGAUUGAACCCAUGACCCUCCGGUCAAGAGUCCAGAGCCCUAACCACUACUCCACACUGCUGCUUAUUUAUCAAAACUGUUUUAUUUUUAAUUUUAUCCAAGAUACAGGAUUGUAUGAAUGGAAAAGCAUUAAGGUCAUAGAUUAACAAACUGUGUAGUGCGGCAUGUGGAGGAAAAGACAAGAAUUGUAGUUGUGGUAGGUUUGGGUGGUGGUGGUAGGUUUGGGUGGUGGUGGCUUCUUGUGGGAUUUGGAUACUUUUCCAAACAAAAGUGGUCAUCCUUAUGAAACUGUGACGCAUCUUCCAGAGGUUGGGAUGUUGGAGGUUUUAGACUGCCGCCAAUACAAGUUGCUGAAUACAUUGUUCUGUAGGCAGAAAAAUACUAUGUAUAGUAUAAGAAAAAAGAAAAUACAGACGUACGCACUUCAGCAUUUUUUCAUUUAUUUAUAAAAUAAAACCAAAGUGUUUCUCCAUUUUUUAAAAAAUAAAAAAGCAGCGCCUCUCAACUCUGACUGGAUCUUAAUUCCCAGGCCCUUCUAAUAAUAAACUGGAGACAAAAAUCAGGUGUUUUACAAAAAAAAUGUAUUAUUGCAUUGACAACAGGUCAUUUGAGAAACAUGGUUGUAUACUAUACUACUGUAUAUUAACUGCGCAAUAUUGACAGCCUGCUCCCACAAGAUGUGAACCAAAUUACAAGAAAGGUUUUAACAUUGUUUUAGGCUUGAAGCCAAGUAUGUAUGUAAAGAGCCUGGUGAAAUAGCCCACACUGUGGUUAUAAAACAGUGUCUUAUUGAUGCCUUGACAAAUGUAAUAAUCCACUUGCUCUUUCUUGCAUGGGAAGUGAUAUGCAUUGGCUGACCAAUCCCACUGAACGUGUUUAAGAGAUUUGACAGUGUGUUACAGCAUGGGUCUUUGUAAGUGGGUGAAGUUUAAAGUUUUGAAUAAAGCUGACACUGACAGAUGGAUUUUGUGACCUAUAAUUUUGAUAUAAUACACGUUUGUUAUGUUGCCAUAAACUAAAAUGUUUAUUCUUCAUCUCAUGUCUGAUAGAUCUUUUUUUUGUUUUUACAAUAAAGUAAGAAAUAAUUCAAGAA